UCUUAACUUAGGAUUAACCGCUAAGAACUCGUCAUCAUCCUCCUUUGCGGGUGCUCUUACACCGUAUAUUCUAAUUGGGUUUUAAUUGUAUUUUUUUUCGUUCGUUUAUGGGUCUUAUGUAACCGAAACCAACUUAUAGCCCAUUUGGGCUUAUCAAUGAACGUUAGUCGACAAAAAAAAAAGAUUGGAAGUUUGAUUCUUGUUAAUCCCAUUGGUAUUCAGCAACGUGUCAAUUGUGGAGUUGGCUGUAUUGGUGACGUGUCCAAGAGAAUGGUUGGCGUUGGCGAUACGCUUGAAACUCUUGCCGUUUCAAAGAUAGAAGGAACACGUGUUAGGCUCACCACAAACUAUAGAAUUCUUUAUAUUUCCUGAAAAGGAAAGGACUACCAAAAGAAAGGAUUAGCUUUAGAAGUAUCAAUUUCAUAGCAAAUGAAGCAACUCAUCAUCAUUAGUAGCCAAAAAUAUCUCAAUAAAAGUCCAACUGUUAAUUACUUUUUUUACUUUGUGGCAAUUUUAUCUAGGUCAAAUGAUCUUACAAGAGUGUUUUCAUUGAUUUUAUAUACCAUUACGUUAUUUCUAGUUCCAAAUUAAUACUUUUUUUUUUUUGGUGUAAAUGUUAAGAUUUAUACCAUGCUUUUCAGUUUUUUAAGUUGUGGAAAACCACUUAUUACAAGAAAAGAGAUAACCAGGAAAAAGAGAGAAUUCAACGAAAGGGGUAACAUCAUGGAGGCCGGAAGGUGAGGGAGAAGAAGAUGGACAGUAGCGACGGAUCUUGCGGACUUGAGGGAGCAAUGGAAAGCAAACGAUCCCGGAUGAGUCUGUCAACUCGCGCAAUGACUCCUGCUUCCGUGGAGGCAACGUGCUUGAAGAUGCGGGAGUUUCUCUCUCGCCAUGUGCAGUAGACAACAGUCUGCAUCAACAAUUUAAUCACCACCUGUAGUCUUGGAGAGACAGCAACCUGGUUCAGAGAAAGGAGCUCAGCCACAUCGAUCAUUGAUGAUGGAGCAGCUUGCCAAUAACUUCCUGAAAAGUGAGCCCAAAUAGCAGAGACAAAAGGGCACAAGAAGAAUAAAUGCUGGUGAGACUCAUGUCCCGUAGAACAGAGGACGCAAGCCGUAGACACUACCAUGCCCCAAGAAGCCAGUCUGUCUCUGGUAGGAAGUCUAGAGAGAAUAGCCAUCCACACAACAAAGGAGCAUCUAGGAAUCUCUUCCUUAAACCAUACCAACUCGAACCAAGGGACCUCUGGUGCAACCUCUCUGAUACGGUGCCACGUUGCUUUAGAGGAAAACUUAGGAACAUAAUGAUCUGUCCCAUUACGCCAUAAGAACUUGUCUGGUCCUUGAGUAGCAUGCGGAGGAGACAUGGUAGAGAGAACAAUCUGCAGAGUCUCUGCCUCUUCAGACCUCGCCGGCGGGAGAGACCAAGCACCAUUGAAAGUGGCUGCGAAGUAUUGCUAGUACAAAGUAUUGCUAGAAGUGUUCUAGCGAAAGACGUUUUCAGUCUUAUUUAGAAUUUUAUUUUUGAGAAAAUAAAAGAACACUCUUAUUCAGCAUUAGAAUGAUCGGUUAUUCCAAUGUUCUAAAAUACAUCCAACGCUGCUGUUCAAGCGCCAUCUAUACGUUGUGCGGAAGCAUGAUAUACUGAAUUUCAUAGUCCUGUUUAUUUAGACGGCAUAAUCUAUUUUGGAAAUUUUGAUUUGUAUUAAACAAGAGUACGGUAGGAACCAAAAUUCGAUUUUAGUUAAUGGAAAAAAAGUAUAGCUUUUAUACUUUUUGUGAUGAUUCAGUUUUCUGCGAAACAAACGACAAAUGAUCAAAUUAUGAAUGAAAAACAAAGUACAAUAAUACAAAUUUGCAAAGAAAGAGAAAGAUGUUUUUAUUUCGAAUAUACUUAAGAAUAUUGCGAUAAUUACAACAUGUAAAAUCUACGACCGCAAGAGUUGUGAGUGAGUUUGCUAAUUCUAAACAUCUAAAGCUUUAAACUUAGUUGAGUCGAAACUCGAUAAAAAAGAUGAUCUAAAAUUUCACCAAGUACUAAGUUUUUCUUGUGAUUUUUUUCUGACUUGCUUCCUAUCUGCCUAGGAUCCUUUCAUAUUUGUCUGCAAAAUCGACCAUCUUUUCUUUUUCAUCUUGAUUUGAGGGAGGCAAUUUCCAUACGUCAAUGAGAAAUUUCAACCGAUGACUCAGUCGCUAAAAAAUACACCACUCGAAUUCAUUUCAACUCAGAUCGACGCUUGAACAAACUACGGCCAGAUUCGGAAGCACUUCACCACAUACACCCAUGCCGAUGAGGAUAGUGGACAAGAUGGGAACGAGAUGAGCCCUAUCACUGCAAUGUACGGCACAAGUGAGACAAGCAGCACCGAAAAAGAGUCUCUUAGGAGAGAUAAUUGGGGUAUGUAGUUUUCACGAGGAUUUUCACAGUGUUCGGUUUUGUCUCCUUAAUAAAAGAUGUGAUAAUAUUUUUUUAGUUAUGUGAAUCCUUAAAAUUCUUAAAAACCAGAAAAUAGUUAAUAUGAAUGAAAAAUAUACACAAAAAAAUGAGUUCAAACAAAAAAUAGAUAGAUAAAAUACAAUUAAAAUAGUUUUAAAAGGUUUAUACUUACUAAAAAAUAUACUAAUUUUAACUAUAAACAUAUUAUUUUUGUGAUUAUCUAUUUUCAUGAUUAUACCAAUAGAAAUCUAGUAAAAAAGUUAUUUUCUUGAAUUUAUAGUUUCUUUUAUGAACUAAUAAAAAUAAAUAAAAACCAAAAAAUAUUAUUUUAAAAUAAUAUUUUAUAGAACACAUCUUGCUAAACUGAAAUGAAUCCAUAUAUAUAUAUACAUAUAUAUAUAAGCUGAAAAUUAUUGUGCCUAGCACAUGUGCGAUGAACCUAUCUAGCCAUUGACUGCAUGCUUCUGAGUUCUGGCCAUUUAGAUCCAAUAUUCUUUUUGUACUAUGAAUUUUAUUAUUAGCUUUUAGAGUCAAAACAGAUAUAUCUUUUUCUGGCAACUAGUUUCAAACUUGGGUAUCUUUCUCUUUUAAGACAAGAAAGUUUAGAACAGAAAAGGGGUGUGUAAAUAUACAUUUUAUAUCCAAUAUGGAUCAAAAUUGAAGAUUCAUUUCAUAAAUAAAUUUAAUUGAAAAAUACAAAGAAUCAACGUAUAUAUAUAUAUAUAUAUAGAUAUAUUAUAUAAGGAUUUAUAUUAUUUUUUUUGUCAAAUAUAAGGAUUUAUAUAGAAAUACCAUAAAUCAAAAUAAGGAUAAUUUUUUCUAGAGAAUAAUAAAGUGCACAUGUUGUAGAAGUGACAAAUGAGUAUGGCAACCUCGUAUGCACAAACGCGUGAUUUGAUCAUAAUAAAAUAAGCAAAUAAUUCACAUAUGAUAUGAUAUGGUUAAGGUUGUUCAAAAUGUCUUCACAUCCUAACAGAUUUUCAUCAUCACAACCUCAUAUCAUCAUUAUCAUUAUUCAUCUUCACAAGGGAAACGUUAUUCUUCCAAGUUUUUUCCACGGAAAUUCUAAAUAGAUUUUAGAUAUUUAUAUUAUAAUUUAUUAUAACGGUAGACACUGGAAUAGGACAGAAAAAACAGGUCCUUUACUAUUAAAAAUCAGCUUUCCAAGGUUCAUGCAUGCAGCAUGCAUACUAUUUUCAUGAGAUGGAUAGCAUUUGUUAAACAAAUAAAACAAAUUCUAUCUAACCAUGGGAAUUUUUUUCUUAUAGUUAUCCUAAACACCAACACCAAUAAUAGUGACCCGUACCGUAAGCGUAAAUGUCAAAGGUCAUUCUUCAACCAUUCAGACCAAGUUUUUAUAUGUAAAAUAUUGAUAAAUGUAUCAUGUAUGCUUAAGCUUGUAUAUUAAUACCAAAGUUAUUAUUCUAAACUCUAUAAUACGUCAUGUUUCUAAACCAGUAAUCAUAGUAAUACUGAUAUCUUUUCGAACAACUAUAAUAAUUAGUUAAAGAAUGGACAAACAUCAUGAUUUAAUGUGAUAAGAAUGUGAGAAGAUUGUACUUAUCACAUGAACCAAAAAGGGACAGGGAGCCACAGGUGAAGUGUUCCUGGUCAAAUUAAAACUUGGAAAUAUUAAAGUUCUUGAAAUAGAAAGGUUUAUUUUUAAUGAAAAGAUUCUUGAAAAUUACACAUCUCAAGUUGCCUAACAAUCUACGCAUCUUCUUAUUUUUCUAUCCUACUAAAAACUAGUUAUAGUAUGUGUGGAGAGUCUGGAGACCCAUGUUCUGAUUUAUAAUAUGAUCUGAUUGUUGCACGAGAUUUAAAUCAGAAACCCCAUAAAUAUAUAUGUAUAUAUAUACAUACAUAACAAACCAUUUAGAUAGAAUAUAGUGUUUUUUUCUUUAUAGUAGGUAAAAAUCUUGAAUUCGUUUUAGCCAAAAAAAAAUCUUGAAUUCGUAUUUUUAUUUUCUUUAUCGUAGGUAGAAUCUUGAAUUUCAAUACGACCAAUUGUUUGAAAGAAGAACUUCAUUUUUUUUUGGGCAAAAAAGAAGAACUUGAUAAACAAAAGAAUUGACUAAUUAUUGGUCAAUAUUACCAAUAAGAAUAUUUUUUUUCUUCUUAUUUCUCUAAUGGAAAUUUAGUAUAUAGAGGGGAGCUUCGUUGCUCAAACCCUUUCCUCUUCUUUCUUUAAACCUCAGCUUUCUUCUCUUUCUUUCUCUUCGAAAACCCUUUUCUUCAUAUCCAAAAAGAAAAAUCUAACAAAAGAGAUAAUAGCUUGGAUUGUUUCUGAGAACAAUUAAGAUAAAAUGGAUUAUGAUGCAUCAAGAAUAGUUGAAAUGGUAGAAGAUGAAGAACACAUUGAUCUACCACCUGGAUUCAGAUUUCACCCUACUGAUGAAGAACUCAUAUCUCACUACCUUAAACCAAAGGUCUUCAACACUUUAUUCUCUGCCACUGCCAUUGGUGAAGUUGAUCUCAACAAGAUUGAGCCUUGGGACUUACCAAGGAAGGCUAAGAUGGGGGAGAAAGAAUGGUAUUUCUUUUGUGUACGAGACCGGAAAUAUCCAACCGGUUUAAGGACAAACCGGGCAACUGAAGCCGGUUAUUGGAAAGCCACAGGCAAAGACAAAGAGAUUUUCAAGGGAAACUCACUUGUGGGUAUGAAGAAAACUCUGGUUUUCUACAAAGGAAGAGCUCCUAAAGGGAUUAAAACCAAUUGGGUAAUGCAUGAAUAUCGAUUAGAAGGCAUAUCUUCAUUCCAAAAUCUUCCCCAAACAGCUAAGAACGAAUGGGUUGUUUGUCGUGUUUUCCAGAAACGUGCUGAUGGUACAAAGGUUGAUAUGUCCGAUUUAAUGUUUCUUGAUUCAAAUUUUAACCGAACUGAACCGACAAGAAUACCUUCAUUGAUUGAUUGUUCUCAAAGAGAUUCCUUCCGUGGUUCGUCGACUCACGUGACCUGCUUCUCCGACCAAGAAACCGAAGACAAAAGACUCUUUUAUCAUGAGUCCAAAGACGGUUCUGGUUCUCUGUUUUACUCCGAUCCUUUGUUUCUUCAAGACAAUUAUUCGCUAAUGAAGACGUUUCUUAACGAUCAAGAAACCUUAUUUCCCGGUCCUGACUCCACCGGUUUAGCCGCCGGUACGGGAGAAUUGGAUUGCUUUUGGAAUCCUUGAGGUUUAAUUUCUGCUGUAGACUAGAAAGUCAAUUUCUUUUGCAAUGUGCAAUUAAUAUUUUAAUAUACUUGAUAGACUUGAUAAUAUACUUGAUAGACUUGUUAAUUGGAUUGCUUUUGGAAGCCAUGUACAAUACUAGACCUAACUCAA